AUGGCCACCACAGCUACUGCCUCUCGUUCACGCAGACCCUCGACAUCGGCUCCAGUCGCUGAGCUCUCAGGUCCCAUUGGACCCGCUGGCAUCACAAGACCCAAGCACAAGCGUACAAUUACUGGCUUUGGUGCAUCCGAUAUCAAGAGCGUCGAAGCCGAGAUUCCCGACGCUCAAAAGACUGCCUGGAAGAAACACAGCGCUUCAGGCUUCACCAACAAGGAGGACUUUGAGGCCGCCACCAUCCGUCACAUCGAGACAACCCUCGCUCGCUCCCUCUACAACUGCGAUGAAGGUGCUGCCUAUGGCGGAACAGCUCUGGCAUUCCGCGACCGUCUAAUUAUUGACUGGAACAAGACGCAACAAAGCCACACUUUCGCUGAUCAAAAGCGUGUCUACUAUCUCUCACUUGAAUUCUUGAUGGGGAGAGCAUUGGACAAUGCCAUGCUCAACGUCGGCCUGAAGGAUGUCGCAAGAGAUGGUCUUGCGGAUCUUGGUUUCCGCAUGGAGGAUGUGAUUGGCAUUGAGCGUGAUGCUGCUCUCGGUAACGGUGGUCUUGGUCGUCUAGCAGCCUGCUUCCUGGACAGUCUCGCCUCGCUCGACUACCCUGCCUGGGGCUAUGGUUUGAGAUACAGAUAUGGUAUCUUCAAGCAGGAGAUUAUCAACGGAUACCAAGUUGAGGUUCCCGAUUACUGGCUCGACUUCAAUCCCUGGGAGUUCCCUCGACACGAUGUUACCGUCGACAUCCAAUUUUACGGUAACGUUCGCAAGUACAACGAUGACAACGGAAGACAGGUCUCUGUUUGGGAGAACGGCGAGAUAGUGACUGCCAACGCCUACGACGUGCCGAUUCCGGGUUACAAUACUCCUACCACCAACAACUUGCGUUUGUGGUCCAGCAAAGCUGCCAGCGGCGAGUUCGACUUCCAGAAGUUCAACUCGGGCGAGUAUGAGCAAUCUGUACAUGACCAGAUGAGAGCCGAAACCAUCUCUGCUGUGCUGUACCCGAAUGAUAACCUUGACCGCGGUAAGGAGCUGCGUCUCAAGCAACAAUACUUCUGGUGCGCUGCUUCUCUUCAUGACAUUGUCCGUCGUUUUAAGAAGUCAAAGAAGGCUUGGAAGGAAUUCCCCAACCAGAUUGCUAUUCAACUUAAUGACACUCACCCAACGCUUGCUAUUCCAGAGCUGCAGCGUAUUCUGGUCGACAACGAAGGCCUUGACUGGGACACUGCCUGGAACAUCGUUGUCAACACUUUCGGCUACACCAACCAUACCGUCAUGGCUGAGGCCCUCGAGAAGUGGUCUGUUCCGUUGAUCCAGCAUCUGCUUCCUCGCCACCUCGAAAUCAUCUACGACAUCAACUUGCAUUUCUUGCAGUAUGUCGAGCGCACCUACCCCAAGGACCGUGACAUGCUCUCUCGUGUCUCUAUUGUUGAGGAGUCUAACCCCAAAAUGAUCCGUAUGGCUUACCUCGCCAUUGUUGGCUCUCACAAGGUCAACGGUGUAGCAGAGUUGCACUCCGACCUGAUCAAGACAACUAUCUUCAAGGACUUUGUCAAGAUCUACGGUCAGGACAAGUUCACUAAUGUUACCAACGGUAUCACCCCUCGUCGUUGGUUGCACCAAGCCAACCCCAAGCUGUCUGAACUCAUUGCUUCCAAGCUUGGUGGCUACGACUUCCUGAAGGACCUGACUCUCUUGCACAAGCUCGAGGCAUACGCCGAUGACAAACAAUUCCGCAAAGCGUUCCAGGAUAUCAAAUAUGCAAACAAGACUCGCCUCGCCAACUACAUCAAGCAAACUACUGGUGUGACAGUCAACCCUGCAGCUCUCUUCGACAUUCAGGUAAAGCGUAUCCACGAAUACAAGCGUCAGCAGCUCAACAUUUUUGGUGUCAUCCACCGUUACUUGGCUCUCAAAGCUAUGUCACCUGAGGCGAGAAAGAAGAUGCAGCCCAGGGUUUCCAUCUUUGGUGGAAAGGCUGCUCCUGGCUACUGGAUGGCCAAGUGCAUUAUUCACCUUGUCAACGAGGUUGGUAGAGUUGUCAACAAUGAUCCUGAGAUCGGUGAUGCCUUGAAGGUCAUCUUCAUCGAGGAUUACAAUGUCUCCAAGUGUGAGAUCAUCGCACCUGCCUCUGACAUUAGUGAGCACAUCUCUACUGCCGGCACCGAGGCCUCAGGUACUUCCAACAUGAAGUUCGUCCUGAAUGGCGGUCUCAUCAUUGGCACUUGCGAUGGUGCCAACAUUGAGAUCACUAGAGAGAUCGGCGAGGACAACAUCUUCUUGUUCGGUAAUCUGGCCGAGGAUGUUGAGGACAUUCGUCACCAACACACUUACCAAGGUGUCCUCAUCGAUGACGGUCUUCAGAAGGUCUUCGAUGCCAUUCAGAAUGGCAUGUUCGGCCACUCGGAUGAAUUCGCCGCUCUGACAAACACUGUCAUCAACCACGACCACUGGUUGACCUCUGCCGACUUUGAAGCAUACUGCAAGACUCACGAUGCCAUUGACGAAGCCUUCAAGGACCAGGAAGCUUGGCUUCACAAGACCAUUCUCGCUGUCGCACGCAUGGGCUUCUUCACUGCUGAUCGUUGUAUCGAGGAGUAUGCCGAGAUGAUCUGGAACGUUGAGCCCCAAAAGAUCAAGCAGAAUGGUGCAUGA